AUGAUUUUCUCCCUUGAGGUUGCCACGCUCAAUGCCCUCUCCCUCCCAUCUUUCCUUACUAAAAGGUGGGACCCUUGGACGCCCGAUACCGGGGACAAUUGGCAACCCGUCCUCGAUGGCCCAUUCAAGUUUCCUAAAGGCGGGGUCAAUAGCUUGAAUCCUGAUAUUACCGUUUACGGUUUAGAUCUAUGGAGUAACAACAAGUUUACGAUCAAGAGACUCCAGCGAGCUGGCAAGCGUGUCAUCUGUUCUUUCAGUGGUGGCACUGUAAAACCCAGUGAUCCCGAUCGGAAAAGUUUCUUCAAGAGGGAUAUUGGCACUCGAAUGGAUUGGUCGAACGGUGAGAGAUGGAUCAAUGUGAACAGUCAAAGGGUUCGAAAAACAAUCGCCAAGCGUGUCAAGCUGGCGUCCGACAAGGGCUGCAAUGCCAUCAGUCCCCGUAAUACGAAUGCCUAUGAUGAGGACACUGGCUUCAGCCUAUCCGAAGACGACGAAAUUAAUUACAUCGGGUUUCUGGCCGACGAAGCAGCCAAAUACCAGAUGUCAAUUGGUGUUGACAUCGGGGCCAUCGCGGUCGAUCUACAAGAUAUUGCGUCUUUCUUUAUCGGCGGGACUUGCGACGAUAGCAGUGGCGGCAGCGAUGAUAGCGAUGACAGCGAUAACAACGAUGGCAGUGAUGACAGCGAUGGCAAUAGUUGGGACUCGGAAGAUCUUAAUAGUUGCGACUUCUGGCAGGGGCUCAUGGAUUCUGGAAUCCCUGUAUUCAGCACUGACGGGGGAGAUUUUAAGAAAUCCAAGAUUUAG